AACUCCAAACUCCAAACUUUAAACUCCAGAUUUCAUGACCCUAAUUUCGAUUCAAUGUCACCGUUGUAUUAUUAUAUUAACAAAGCAAUCUAACUUACCUACCUUCUACAUAGUGGUUUGAUUCAUGAGACAGAAAGUCAAGGUCAAUUUCUCUAUCUCAUCCGAGAGUCGAAUAGCAUAAGCCAUCCCUUUCGCCGAACCUUGGUCCUCGCCCCUUUCAUCAUGUCGUCGUCUAUCAACGUGAAGCCGACGCUCAAGCUCGACACGUCGCAGCAGAUGCCACCACCUUCGUCGAGCCUUGAAAAUCCGAGACCUAUCCUAAAGCUUAAUACAGCAUCGCGACAAUCUUCAUUCAGCCGUGAUAUCGGUACUCCCACACCGUCCGGAGAGAAUCGAAAAAUAAAAAUUAAGCUCAGUAGCCAACCGAGCACGCCAGCCGCUACGCCCGUCGCUCAGAGUCCAAGUUUAACCAAGUCAAAAGCUGGGAGAACAUCUAAGCCGACUCAGAAGCUUGUGGAGUCCAAGAAGCGCGCAUAUGAUAGCGAUGAAGAUCAGCCCUUAUCCGUUACUAGGCAUGAAUCGAAUCGACCUAGUAAGACAAUUAAGAUCAAGCCUACCAUCUCGAAACCCGAUCGAAGAUCGCAUACCGUGUCAACGCCUAUUAGCACCAUAAAGUUCAAGCCUCGGGGCGAACCGGUCGAACAUCAUCCUGGAGAUGCUUACGACUCCGAAGCUAGCGAUCGCGAAGUCGAUCCUGUCCGGGAAACCACCUUCAUUCUCCGGGUUAUGCCGGGAGCCGCAACAGAGUACUUGAAAAAGGCAUUGGCCGAAGGCACUAUUGGUGUACCCAAGCAGAAUGGAGGCGCAGACUUCGGUGUCCAAUUUCUCGAUGCUAAGCAGCGACGGGCUAUGGUCACUAUCGAUGGCAUUCAUUACGCCGCAGUCCUUGUACAACUACCAACUAUAACGGAGGCGAUGAAGUCUUGGGAUCGCAAAAACAUGAUGAAGAAUUCCGAUAUCGUCGAGAUGCUUUUAUGUUUUGCAACUGUUAAGAACGAGGCCGAAGCGAAGGCCAUUCCGCUGCCACCUAUGGUUACUAAGAACGACUAUAAGUGGCCUCACGGCCUUACUCCUCCCAUGCACGAUGCUGUCCACCGACGAUUUAGAAAGACCAUAUCAGAGAAGCAGUGGCAGAGUACCGCCGCUCAAGUUGCCAAGCUGCUCGAGGACGAUGCGAGCGCUCUAGAGUCCCACGCUGAAUACGUCUACGAUGACGACGUGUCGGGAGAUUCUGACGACGACGAAGAAGAUGCCGAGGGCGAAGCUGAUCAGGAUUACUUCGGAGACAAUGCUACCGCCAAACUCGACGGGGAAGAAGAUGCUGAAGCAGAAGAAGAAGACUACGAGAUAUUAGCAGCCAUGGAGGCCGAACUCGAGGAGAGUGGGGCGCAUCAUGAAGAGCCUGCAGCGAGCACACCAGCCAUGCAGCAAGAAGCUCAAACCCCCAUGACAGUCGAUGCUAAUACCCCGGCUGCCAUGCAGGAAAUCAUAUCAGAAGAAGAUGAGGACGACGACGAUGACGACGAGGAUAUGGAGGACGGCGACGAAGAAGAGGUCGACGAAGAACAAUUAGUGGCGGAGAGGGAACGCAAGGAGAAGCUGGACGAGAUCGAGCAUCUGAAGAAGUCACUCGACGAAACGCAGCGCCAACUCUCCGAAGUCACGGCACCGAUCUUGAAGAAGCGUAUCCUUCUCACAAAGGCCAACCUCGAAAAAGAGAUUGCUGUCAAGAAGGCUGCUCUAGGCCUAACCGACGAAGAUUAAUAGCGAAGCAUAAGGUACACAAUAUCAAAAUUACCUACAUAUAUGACGAGAAAAAUAUGGGGGGAAAGGAGCGAGGAUUACAGUUGCGCUUGGUGCUUUUCCAGGUGCUGAUGUCUACCUGUAAGGUACUUUAUGAAAAAG